AUGGUAUGCCGGCAGCUCGACCGAAUCCGGCAGGGCGACGACGUAGGCGGCGGCCGCGGCCAGCUCUGCCUAUUUAUCGGCGGCGACGGCGGCACCGGCAAGUCGCGCGUCAUCGAGGCGCUCGUCGAGCUGCUCGCCUGGAGGGACCUAUCGAGCCACGGCGAGGGCCUCGUUGACGGCCGGUCGCGGAGGGACUGGCAGGAGAAGGAGGUGCUGGUGAUCGACAAGGUCAGCAUUCUCGGGGCGCAGACACUGCACACGGCCAACAAGCAGCUCUGCCGGCUACGGGGGUCGCACGUGGCGCUGGAGCUGCGGGGGGCGAGGACGACGACGGUCGCGGGCGAUGCCGUGGCCGUGCGACCCGUACAGCCUGUGCGGGAGCGGGACCCAGUGGGGAACCGGGUGCCCGAGGAGAUGACGGCAGCGCAGGCCCGGCUAGAGGAGCUUAGCAGGCAGACGACGCGGGAGGCGGCCGACUGGCUCAGCGGGUAA